AUGCUGAAGGAGUAUCCGGAGCAAACCAUCAUGUACUGUUCAGUCGGUUUGGCGGGACUUGUCAUUGGUAUUUACAAGCUGCGCAAGUACGGAAUCUUCAACAUCGAUAAACCGUACUAUCGUGGUUAUUACGACGUUGUUCGACCGAACGACCCAAUUGCAAUUAACUGGCGGAAGCCGGAGGAGUAUCCAGCUCCGUAUUUGUCCGAUGGUAUAGAAUAUGCGUGCUAG